UCUAAUUCUCCAUCGGUCAGAUCUGUUUCAACACGCUCAAAUGUGGAUCAGAAUCACAUCGGAACAGGAAUUCACUCCACAUGAUGUCCGAUCCAAAGACUUCCUGGCACGAAGAUUUCGCCAGAAACUUUUCCCGAUUUUUCUCCAGAAGUAAAUCUGUGGACACAAAUGAAAGUGAGGCCCCGGCUGAUGGAUUCACCUUCACCUGCAGCGCUCACAAGGAUUCAUUUCACACAGCUGAGCUGCACCUGAACAUACCAGAAACUGCAGCUGCACAGGAGCUGCAGCUGUCUGACGCGCCACACAGAAACAGUGUGUCACAGAAGGAGGCUGACACACAGGGGGACUCGCUGGAACCUCCUGCCCCGCCGCCCCCCGCCACAGCGCCCCCUGUAGACGGAUUCCUCAGACGCCUGAGCAGCCUGUUCCAUUUCAUCCGGGCGGAACCAUCUGGAGUCCAGAAAGACACAUACAGAGACUCAGAAAGCAGCAGUUCAUUUACUGGACACAGAGACUCAGAGAAGACAGACAGCACUGUGGAACUGUCUCACUCUCUUCAGCAUGUAGAACCUUCUCACCAAUCCUCGGUGGAGCUGUCUGUCUGUCAUUCAGAUGUCACACAAUCUGAAGAACAGAGUGAGGAGCACAGAGAUGAUGCAAUAGACAACAACUCUGACAAAGAGUGUUUGGAGGACAAGAGACGUUUCGAUCUAGCCUGUCCACCUGUGGUGACAUAUGGGACGUACCGUGGACAGAGGGAGGUCAGGAGAGCAAAGAAGAAGCAUCACUUGGAGCUUCAUUCACCCAUCUCAGAGGGAGAGGAGGCAACACAUCCAGACAUCCAUGAUGACACUGAGAUCUCCUCGGCUUUAAACACAAUGAGUUCUGAUAGUCAAGAAAACCCCACUACUGUAAGUCCAGCAUCUUACAGAGAAAAUGAUUUGAUCCAGAGUGCCUUGUCAACAGACACGGAGACUACAGACAGAGGUCCCGCUAUAGAAUCUCCAGCCAGCAAACUCGCUCGUAAUGAUGAAACCAUCUCUGAUCGGUUAGUAACUUGCAUAGAAAGAGACUCAGUUCACACCAUUCAUAAAGCAGAAAAGAGACUACUGAAUGAAGCAUCUAACAGUGGCCAGGAAGAGCUCGGUCAGAGCGAAACACUAGAGAUGGUAUCAGUGAACAGUAUGCAAAAGGUGCCACAAUUGUUCUGCACUGAUGCUCUGACGCACCAUCACAGCUCAAAUCCAUCUCCAGAACAGAGAUUACAGCAGAGAGACUUCUCAGUAUUUACAGACAAAACAGAGCAUUCAUCCCCUGAUGAUUCCCAGAUGAGCGAUAGUCGAGAAGAGAGAGUGACUGAAGAGGAUUCUGGGAUGGACGAGGAGGUUCUGCAACUGGAGUCUAAAAAGAUGGUUGGCAGCAUUCAGAAAAAUGCUCUUGCUGCCUUUCAAAUGAUGAAAGUAUCUGAGGCAGAGCGUGACAUACUGUCGACAUGUGAACUUCACGAAGGUUCAGCGUCUGUUCAGUUUGAAGAUACAGAUGGUCAUAGAGACGGAGCAGAUAGAUCAGAGCAGCGGUUUAAUAUAUUGAUGUCUGAUCAGACACCGUCUGUAGUUCUGGAGGAAGCGCUGACGGGGAGCCGCAGCAGGUCGACGCCUUCCUCAGGGUACGAGUCCAUCGCUGGAUCUGACUCUGAUAUCAGGUGCUGUGUGAGCAUGACCUCUGACAUCACCACUACAAGUGCUCCAAUCAGCUGUCAACUCGAAGAUAGUUAUGAGAAUCAGGCAGUUCCUGAAUAUUUUGCAGUGGAAAAGGAAGUGCAUCUGACUGUGUUCUGUAAGAACAGAGGAAGAGCCGCUGAUGAUGAGCCAUUAUCACUGAAUGUUGGAGACAUUCUUCAUAAAACAGACAUCAGUGUUGUGCUGCCUGCUGUGUGUGAGUCUCUCAUUGGUGAAGAGACAGAGCAGCACGCAGUUUAUGUCUGUGAAACAGAGCAAUACAGAGUAGCGAACAGAUCUCAGGAUUCAGCCAAAGAUGAUACAAAGAGCAAUAACUGUAGACACAACCUGGACGGUGAUUCCUGUGAUGCUUCUUCAAUCACUCCUGACACUGAUACGUCUGUGAAUCAGGAGAGUCAAACUCAAUCUCUCAGCGUAAUGGAAAAGUGUGAUCUUUUUAACCCCAGUCUCAAAUCUGACACAACAGAUCUUGCAAAGAGAGAGACACCAAAGAUGUCAGAAUUUGCACAGAAGCCAGCAGCUACACUAAGCCAUAAAUCUGAGCAGACGGAAGCACUUUAUUCAGUCAUUGCUGAGCAGGAACAUUUUUGCGACAACUCUGUGACUGGUGAAGAUCAGAGUUUUCUCCUGGUGGAGAGUUCCCCGGCAUCUGUGAAUGAAGUACAGACACACUCAGGAGGGCUCGAUCCGUCUCAGUGGACGUCAGUCAGAGUGUUCCGCUGUGAGGUCACAGAUGACCAAAGCCAGAGUCCUUCAACACUCAUCUCGGAUCGAGCAGAUUGUAGAAUAUCAGCCGUAUCUCCUUCAGGAAGUAGAAUUCACCUCGACCUCCCGGACAGUUCAAGCAGAAGCACGGCUUUUGUUUCCCAACAUCCACGAUUUCAUGAACUUGAUCUCCACCAGAUUGAUGGAGGCUUUGCCAUUAUCAGUGAGGAGGAGGAGAUGGACACUGUGUUCGUGAAUGACACGGGGCCUGUGCACAGUCCUGGCACACGCAGAGCCAAAGCGUACCCCUUCUCCCUCUCACCCAUUUACGAGGAAGAGUCAGGGUGUGAGGAGGUCUCAGAGAUGCUGCAGGUUCCGCCAGUGACAGAAGAGGAGCAAAGGAGCGUGGAGCAGCAGGCCUCAUCCAUCCUCUCCCUCCUGCAGUCUGUCAGUGAGAAGCUUCAGUCCAGCGUGAAAUGCGGUUCAGAUGAGUACCAGACCGAGUCUCUGAGAGCCGCCACAAGACCACUGUGGCAUUCCAACAGAGACGGCAGCGAGGAAGAAGAUGAUGAUGAUGAUAACUCCAGUGUUUUACUGCACCAACAACUUACUGAGGCCAAACCUGUCCAGCAGCCAAACACAGAGGAUCAGCUCAGGUCAAAUAUUGAUCAGACUGCUAAAGAAUCUCAUGAAAGUAUCCGGGUGGAGUUGGAUUGUCAUAACACACUGGCAAAUGUUGGAAAGGAUAUCAAUACACCUUUCUAUCAGUAUUUAAAAUCCAGAGUGACACCAUCUGCUGAUAAAGAACCCAAAGACACUAAACACAUUGUGUGCUGUAAUGAAAUCAACACAACGCUCACGGGAGAGAUUGGAGGCUUUGGACGGGUCAGCCCAAGACCUUCUACAAUGCUCAUCUAUGAGGGUCAGUCACUCAGCGGUAACAGAAGAGAAAUCUGUGAUGAUGUAGAAGACGCCAGAAGAGUUCUGUUCCCUUGUGGAGCCAUGAUUCACGUGCUCAAAGGAUGUUGGCUGCUGUAUGUGGAUUUGUGUUUCGGCGGGUUUUGUGUUCUGCUGGAGGAGGGUCAGACUGUAAGGACCAACAGAGAACCUCAACAGAACCUGCAGCAGCACAGAGAACCCCAAAGAACAGACAUCAGUGACAUGCUGUCUGUGCGCUCCAUCAGAACACUGCUGAAGGAAGAUGGCAUUCCAGAGAUCCAUCUCCAUCCCAGUGUGUCUCGGACUGGACAGACAAUCCGUCUCUUCUCUGCUAAAGACCUGACAGAGCAGCAUGACCCUGUGACCCUCUCUGAUCUCUCUGUCAAGACUGGAUGCUGGUUGGUCUACGAUGAGCCUGGAUUCAGUGGUAAUUCUGCUGUUCUGGAAACAGACGGGAGGGUCACGCCUGUUCUCCACAGUUCUCUUGUGUCGUGUGUAAAGAGUCUCCGGCCAUUAAAAAUGGGCGGGCUGAGGGUGGCAAGACCCAUCGACCCAAAGGUGAUGUUGUAUGAGAAAACGCAGUUUCAGGGUGAAUGUAGAGAAGUGCUGAAUUACACAGACAGUUUGGAGGACACGGAGAUGCCGGCGGGCAUUUCGUCUCUGUGGGUCACAGGUGGAAUAUGGGUGGGGUUCUCCAGUGAGGGGUUCAGAGGUCAUCAGUGUGUGCUGGAGGAGGGUGGAUACAGCGACUGCUCAAGACUCUUCAAUGGCUCCAUCAAAUCACUGCGAUACAUUCAAACCGACUUCCUAGAAGCGUCAAUCUGUCUGAAGAGCUCUGAUGAGGAAAUCACUGUGGUGGACCAGGAAGUUCCUGAUCUGCAGUGUAUCUGUGUCACUCAGGAAACAAACAGCAUCUAUGUGAAGAGUGGAGCGUGGGUGGCAUACAGCGACAGGUGCUUCACAGGAGAUCAGUAUGUGCUAGAGAGAGGACGACACUCAGGGACCCUCGAAUGGGGUGACAGGCGCAGCUCACCGCGGUCACUGCGACCUAUUCGCAGGGAAGUUUGCACCAUCAUGGAGCCAAACUUUUUGCUGCGCAUCUACAGUCAGAUGCAUUACAGCGGCGAGAGCCGAGAGUUUGUGAGUGAAGCUCCGAACUGCGGCGGUCUCAGACUCGAGUCAUUCCGGGUGAUCAGAGGGAGUUGGCUGCUCUUCGAUGAGGAGGGUUACUCUGGUAACCAGUACAUACUGGGGGAGGGGCUUUACCCUGACCUCACUUCCUGUGGCUGUGCAUCAGCGGUCAUCAAGUCUGUAAAGCCCAUUCCAUACAGUUUCACCGAUCCGUCCGUCAGUCUGUUUUCUCUCAGUGGUUUUGAGGGACUUGAAGAAACGUCACAUUCAGAUGUGGAGAACAUCUCACACUUCUUCAGCCAAUCUGUGAGAGUCAACAGCGGCCUGUGGGUGGCGUAUGAAUACAGUCAUUUUAAAGGGCGUCAGAUGCUCUUGCAGCUGCGAGAAUAUCCAGAUUGGGGGGGUCACAGCGGUUGGGACAUGAUUGGAUCAUUGAGGCCCCUCAAACAGCCAAAAGUUCACAUUCAGAUACGAAAUCGGGCGCUGGGCUCCGUCCUGACCGCAGAGAGUGUCCCGAUGAAUCUACCGGCAAAAGUCUUCCUGAGUUCUGCUGAUCGCUCCUUGGACACGCAGCGUUGGAUCUUCACCGAUGGCUUUCUAAAGAACACGGUGAGGAGAGGUUGUCUGUCUGUGAUCGGUGCAAAGGCGUGUGCGGGGGCCAGAGUGGGAUUAUGGGAAGAACAUGGGCAUGUGAAUCAGAGAUGGAGUCUGAAUGAAGAUGGAACAUUCUCCUCGCAUUUAAAUCGCAGUCUCGUGCUGGACAUCAAAGGUGGAGUUACUGCUGACAUGGAUCAUCUGAUUCUGAGUCAGCUUUGUGUCGAUACGAACACUCAAAACUGGGACGUGGACGUGCUGUGACCCUAAAACUAUCAGGAAUAUGAACACAUGAUCAAAUCAGGCAAUGAGGGUUGGAUAAGUGUGCUUUGAGUUAAUAUUCAGAUAACUCACAUAUUCACCCACAACCCAAUCGCAUGAAAAUGUAUUUUCUGAUUAGGGGAUUAGAGGAAAAUAGGUCUGUAUGUUUGUUUUUAAUUUGAAUGCAGCACAUUUGCACUAAAGGAAACCUCACGUGUGACCGCCGUGCGCUCAGCAGAUACACCGUUUCUCCCUUUAUUCAGUUUGGGGAAAAAACUAAAAUACAUUUUUCAGUAGCUGAAGCUGCAGCGUUACAUUGAACACAUUCAGAUGGUAUAAAGUCAUUUCACUGGAGUUCUUCAGGAACACUAAUGUGUGUUUGUGUGUGUGUGUGUGUGUGUAUAAAAUCAGGAAUAAAUGCAUUAAAAUACUGAAAGAAAUCUUAAACCUUAUAUUAAUGUGUACAGAGACUGUUCAUAAGAAGCAUUUUUAAAGCAAAAUUAAUCCUGAAAAUAAAGGUUGUAAAAUAUAUUCAUUUUAAAACGUGA